AUGGAGUGUGCUGAGUCCACAUCUAUAAAACCAGCAGUAGUCGCCCAUCAUGUUGGGUUUGAAGUGGCCUUGAUAUCUUGUCUCCAUGGUGACAAUAUACUGGUGGAAUCGUUCUCCAUUUUCAUCACUCACAUCACCCAAAUUUGGAGACUGAAUGGUUGUUUCCUUUCGAAGAGAAGCUGUGAAGCUCUGUGUUCGCUUCUCAGUUCCCAGUCUUCAAGUUUGACAGAGCUGGACCUGAGUAACAACAACCUACAGGAUUCAGGCGUAAAGCUUCUGUCUGAUGCACUGCAGAGUCCACACUGCACACUGAAAACUCUAAGACUGAGUGCCUGUAACCUCUUAGAGCGAAGUUGUGAAGCUCUGUCCUCAGUUCUCAGCUCUCAGUCCUCUAGUCUCAGAGACCUGGACUUAAGUGACAAUGAUCUGCAGGAUUCUGGAGUGAAGCUCCUGUCUGCUGCAGUGAAGAGUCCACACUGUACACUGGAAACUCUCAGUCUGUCACACUGUCUGAUCACAAAGGAAGGCUGUACUUGUCUGGCAUCAGCUUUGACCUCCAACCCCUCCCAUCUGAGAGAGCUUGACCUAACCUACAAUCACCCAGGAGACUCAGGAAUGAUGCUGCUGUCGGCUGGACUGAAGGAUCCACACUGGAGACUGGACACUCUCGGGUAUGGAGAAUGUCUGGUAGCGAAGGAAAAGCUGGAAAAAUUGUCCUUCCCUUACUUCCUAUUUCUUUCAUGCUGAUGUGACAUUAACAAUCACACAUGCAGGAAUAUUUUGGGGAAGAGAGAGUGGUUCAACUGACUAAUAAAAUUAUAUUAAUGUAGGUGUUCUCCAAGGAAAACAUUUCCAGGAACAACAAUGCUAACUGCUUUUGUCCUGCUGCUUGCAUUCAUCCAUCCAUCUUCAUCCGCUUUA